UUCAUCCCAAACCCCAACCCCAACCCCAAAUCGGCUGCAGUACCGAAAAGCUUCGUCGCAACCCUCACCGUCCUCCGCCGUUCCUCCGCCGUCCUCCGCCGUGAACCCUGUCUGCCAGUAUAUAGAUUAAUCUCUGAGUUCGUGAGGCUUUCACAUUAUCAAAACACACAGACGGUCGCAUACGGAUGCCGGGGGCGACGAUGGAUUCCGAGAUACCUGUAGAGCCACAGUCGCUGAAGAAGCUCAGCUUCAAAUCAGUGAAGCGAGCCCUGGAUCUGUUCUCUCCUACACACGGUCAAUUUCCACCACCCGACCCGGAAAGCAAGAAGAUUCGAGUAAAUUAUAAGCUUAAUAACGAGUAUGGAGGAGUGAAAAACGUGUCUACGGAACCUUCUACUCAAACAGGAUCUGCAAAAAAUCGAUCGCAACUAACAUCUACCCCCAACAAUGUCCUUGCACUUCCAGGCCCUGAACGAUCAAAUGAUAUGCAAAAGGGAGGGUCACAGAUUAGUACAACAGGGCAACCUAGCGGCAGUAGCAAUGUUGGUGUUCAAGGCAGGAGCACAACUAUUAUACCUGCAUCUGGUUUACCUGAAAGGAAUCUUUCAACUUCUGCCAUCAUGGAAAGAAUUCCAAGUAGAUGGCCUCGUCCUAUAUGGCAUGCCCCAUGGAAGAAUUACAGGGUCAUUAGUGGCCAUUUGGGAUGGGUGCGGUCAGUUGCUCUUGACCCCAGUAAUAAUUGGUUUUGCACGGGAUCUGCUGAUCGAACAAUCAAGAUAUGGGACUUAGCAAGUGGCAGGCUGAAACUCACACUUACCGGUCACAUUGACCAAGUACGAGGUCUGGCUGUUAGUAAGAAGCACACAUACAUGUUUUCUGCUGGGGAUGACAAAUUAGUUAAAUGUUGGGACCUAGAGCAGAAUAAGGCCAUUCGCUCUUAUCAUGGCCAUCUUAGUGGUGUGUAUUGCCUGGCACUUCAUCCUACUAUUGACAUUUUGUGUACUGGAGGUCGGGAUUCCGUGUGUCGGGUCUGGGAUAUUCGUAGCAAGAUGCAAAUUUUUGCACUUACUGGACAUGAUAAUACCGUUUGUUCAGUCUUCACACGACCUACGGAUCCACAAAUCAUAACAGGUUCUCAUGAUUCAACUAUAAAGUUCUGGGACCUCAGAUAUGGUAAAGCAAUGGCAACUCUCACACACCAUAAAAAAUCUGUGCGAGCUAUGGCUCAGCAUCCUAAGGAAGACGCUUUUGUGUCUGCAUCAGCUGAGAAUAUUAAGAAGUUUAAACUUCCUAGAGGAGAAUUUAUGCACAACAUGCUCUCUCAGCAGAAGACUAUAAUUAAUGCAGCUGCAGUCAACGAGGAGGGAGUAAUGGCCACAGCAGGUGAUAAUGGAAGUUUAUGGUUUUGGGACUGGAAAAGCGGCCACAAUUUCCAGCAAUCCCAAACAAUUGUUCAGCCCGGUUCGCUGGAUAGUGAAGCUGGUAUAUACGCUAUCACGUAUGAUUUAACUGGUUCGAGGCUGAUCACUUGUGAGGCGGACAAGACUAUAAAGAUGUGGAAAGAAGAUGAAACGGCAACCCCAGAAUCUCAUCCCGUUCAUUUCAAGCCACCCAAAGAUAUUCGCCGCUUCUAAUAUUUCUGCUUUAGACCAUUUGGAUUUACUUUUUGCUCUUUCAUUACGUGUUAAUUUAAAAAAAGGCUCGAGAAAGAGUUAUUGAAGUACGUAAAACUGUAAAAUUGUAGUCUUGCCUAGCUGAUAUGUUUAUUACGAGUCCUUUAAACGAGGAUUGAAAUAUUCAGUUGUCGUGUUAGGUGUAUUAUUUAUUAUCCUGUUUAUCAAGAUUUAUUGAAGCAAGCAUCUAUGUAAUUUGAGAUUGCAAGUUCGUGUAUUAAUAUUUGCCUGAAUUCAUUUUCUACCCCAAUUAAUUCUAGGUUUUUCGUUAUCGUGCC